CAAGGUAGCUGGUCUGCUUGGUGACCUGUGAAGAAGUACUGUUUGAUCAGGACGUCAAAUUGGCUUCAGUCUGUGGAAACUGCUGCAGUGUCAGACUCUAACUUGCUUCCAGUUCUCAGGAGCAAAGACUACAUCAGCAUGCUUCUGUAGAGUGUGACUGCCCUCCUGGAGAAACAUUUGCAUAAGCCACAGAACUGCACCCUGAGUUGACAGAAUAACAAGACCUUCUCUCCAUAAUCUGCAGAGCAAGAAUGUACUGGGAAAGAGAACAGUAAGAAUCAGCAAUGAAAUAUAGGGCAGACCUACUCCAGUGAAUUAGCUUUCCCCAUCAUUGCACAAUCCACAUCAAGAAGUUAGCUUGACAACCUUCUCCAUUCACAAGUUCAGGUAUCUCUUUGCUGGCCCAGAGUAAUGCAACUUAAUAUUUAUACACUGUGAGGUAUUAACAUGACAACCAGCAGCCGCACAUGUCCAGUACCAGCAGUGAAUGGACAUAUGACUCACUAUCCAGCAGCACCAUAUCCAUUACUUUUCCCUCCAGUCAUCGGUGGACUGUCACUGCCUGCUCUUCAUGGACUGCAGAGUCACCCACCAAACAGUGGAUGCAGCACCCCAUCACCUGCAACAGUUGAAACGCAGAGUACCAGUUCUGAGGAACUUGUUCCGAGCCCUCCUUCACCACUUCCACCCCCGCGUGUUUACAAGCCCUGUUUUGUCUGUCAGGACAAGUCAUCUGGAUAUCACUAUGGUGUCAGUGCUUGUGAGGGAUGCAAGGGCUUUUUCCGCAGGAGUAUCCAGAAAAACAUGGUUUACACAUGUCAUAGAGAUAAAAACUGUGUUAUCAAUAAAGUUACUCGAAAUCGCUGCCAGUACUGCAGACUACAGAAGUGCUUUGAAGUGGGAAUGUCCAAAGAAUCUGUCAGAAAUGAUAGGAACAAAAAGAAGAAGGAACCUUCAAAGCAGGAGUCCACAGAAAACUAUGAAAUGACAGCGGAGUUGGAUGAUCUCACUGAGAAGAUCCGGAAAGCUCACCAGGAAACCUUCCCCUCGCUCUGCCAGCUGGGAAAAUACACUACGAACUCUAGUGCAGACCAUCGGGUUCGGCUGGAUCUCGGGCUUUGGGACAAAUUCAGUGAACUCGCAACCAAGUGCAUUAUUAAAAUAGUGGAAUUUGCAAAACGAUUGCCAGGCUUUACCAGCCUGACCAUUGCAGACCAGAUAACUCUACUUAAAGCAGCCUGCCUGGAUAUACUGAUCCUCAGAAUUUGCACAAGAUACACGCCUGAACAAGACACCAUGACCUUCUCCGACGGCCUUACCCUCAACCGGACCCAGAUGCACAACGCGGGCUUCGGCCCGCUCACCGACCUCGUGUUCACGUUUGCCAACCAGCUCCUGCCCCUGGAGAUGGAUGACACGGAGACGGGGCUGCUCAGUGCCAUCUGCCUCAUCUGCGGAGAUCGCCAGGACCUUGAAGAACCAAUGAAAGUGGAUAAGCUUCAGGAACCCUUGCUGGAAGCACUGAAAAUUUACAUCCGAAAGAGACGACCCAACAAGCCUCACAUGUUUCCAAAGAUCUUAAUGAAAAUCACAGAUCUGCGCAGCAUCAGCGCGAAAGGUGCAGAACGUGUCAUUACAUUGAAAAUGGAAAUUCCCGGCUCCAUGCCGCCUCUUAUUCAGGAGAUGCUGGAGAAUUCGGAGGGACACGAGGCCCUGACCCCGACGUCCACGGGCACCGGCGCCGAGCACAGCCCGAGCAUCUCGCCCAGCUCCGUGGACACCAGCAGCGUCACCCAGUCCCCGAUGGUGCAAUAAGACAUUUCCCAGAUCCUUCAGACAUUCCCAACACCUUCUGUACAGGGAUGGAAAGCAAGACAAACAUUUUUACUGCUGCUUAGUUCUCUGGACUUAAUAUAUAUCUAUAUAUGUAUAUAGAUAUAGAUAAAACUCAACAAGGACCAAGAAAUUUUCGUAUGUAUCGAUAUAUACUCCUUGCUGUUUAAACUCUUAAAACUAGAAAAAUGUAAACUUUUGAAACUCUAAAUCAGCCAUUUCAUGCAAAAAAAAAGAAAAAAAAAAGAAAAAAGUUAAGCUUCUGUUUUCUUCUCUGAGCACUCAAGAUUGCAUGGUGACAAGACAGAUCUCAGACUCUCCAUUCUGGUUGCAUUUCUGAUGACUUUGUACAUACAAACGUAUGGCUCUACUUUCUAUACUGGAUGUUUGGUGCUUUCCUUUUGUCUCUCAUACCUAAAGCGAUCAGGACACCGGGUGUAUGAAAUGGACUUCUGUGCACAUCCAGAAAAGGCAGUUUAACGGAUCGUCUCCUUAGUUAAUACRAAAACUUAUCCCUGGUGCCCUCAGUUUGCGUCUCCUUCCUUGUAAAAAGUCUACGGAAAGUCACCGCUCUAGCAGGAAAGGCAGCGGUGUCAGCGCGAGCUGCCACGUCGCUUGUGCAGGUGUCAUUUGUCCCGCUGUUAACGUCACUUUAAAUGUAAGAGGUGGUUCAUUCC